CCGGUGCCGCGGCCCGCGGCGCUGAGCGGCCGCGCCCUGCCCGCCCCGGCCGCCGCCGCCAUGGCCGGGGCCAUCGCGUCCCGCAUGAGCUUCAGCUCGCUGAAGAGGAAGCAGCCCAAGACCUUCACGGUGCGCGUUGUCACCAUGGACGCCGAGAUGGAGUUCAGCUGCGAGGUGAAGUGGAAAGGGAAGGAUUUGUUUGAUUUAGUAUGCCGGACACUGGGACUCCGGGAAACCUGGUUCUUCGGCCUUCAGUACACCAUCAAAGACACGGUGGCUUGGCUCAAAAUGGACAAGAAGGUGCUGGAUCAUGAUGUUCCCACUGAGGAGCCUGUCACUUUUCACUUCCUGGCCAAGUUUUAUCCUGAGAAUGCAGAGGAGGAGCUGGUGCAGGAGAUCACCCAGCACUUGUUCUUCCUGCAGGUAAAGAAGCAGAUUUUGGAUGAGAAGAUCUAUUGCCCUCCCGAGGCUUCAGUGCUGCUGGCUUCCUAUGCCGUCCAAGCCAAGCUAAUACUUCACAUGAAUGGUUUAGAACUGAAUAUACCCAUAUUUAUGCAGUAUGGCGACUACGACCCCAAUGUGCACAAGCGAGGCUUCCUGGCACAGGAGGAGCUGCUACCGAAGCGGGUGAUAAACCUCUACCAGAUGACUCCAGAGAUGUGGGAAGAGCGAAUAACGGCCUGGUAUGCUGAGCAUCGCGGCAGAGCAAGAGAUGAAGCUGAAAUAGAGUAUUUGAAGAUAGCUCAGGACUUGGAGAUGUAUGGAGUGAACUAUUUUGCAAUUAAGAACAAAAAGGGCACUGAACUGCUGCUUGGAGUUGAUGCCUUGGGUCUUCACAUUUAUGACCCAGACAACAGGCUGACCCCCAAAAUCUCCUUCCCGUGGAAUGAGAUCCGGAAUAUUUCCUACAGUGAUAAAGAGUUUACGAUUAAACCAUUGGACAAAAAGAUUGAUGUUUUCAAGUUCAAUUCAUCAAAGCUGCGUGUGAAUAAGCUGAUUCUCCAGCUAUGUAUUGGGAACCAUGAUCUCUUCAUGAGGAGGAGAAAGGCAGACUCACUGGAGGUGCAGCAGAUGAAGGCACAGGCCAGGGAGGAGAAAGCCAGGAAGCAGAUGGAACGGCAGCGCCUGGCCCGAGAGAAGCAAAUGAGGGAAGAAGCUGAGCGGACAAGGGAUGAGCUGGAGAGAAGACUGAUGCAGUUAAAGGAGGAGGCAACGAUGGCCAAUGAGGCUCUGAUGAGGUCAGAAGAGACGGCAGACUUGCUGGCUGAGAAGGCCCAGAUCACAGAGGAGGAGGCCAAGCUCCUGGCUCAGAAAGCAGCCGAGGCUGAGCAGGAGAUGCAGCGAAUCAAAGCCACGGCCAUCCGGACAGAGGAGGAGAAACGGCUGAUGGAGCAGAAGGUGCUGGAAGCAGAGAUGUUGGCACUGAAAAUGGCCGAGGAGUCUGAGCGGAGGGCAAAGGAGGCUGAUCAGCUAAAGCAAGACCUUCAGGAGGCUCGAGAGUCUGAGCGGAGGGCAAAGCAGAAGCUUCUGGAGAUCACCAGCAAGUCCUCGUACACACAGUCUGUGAACUCCAGUACAACGGCGCUGCCUGCUGACCUGCCGAGCUUCAACCUCAUUAGUGAGAGCCUCUCCUUUGACUUCAAGGAUACAGACAUGAAGAGGCUUUCAAUGGAAAUAGAGAAGGAGAAGGUUGAGUACAUGGAGAAAAGCAAACAUCUGCAGGAGCAACUGAAUGAACUGAAGACAGAGAUUGAGGCGCUGAAGCUGAAGGAGAGAGAGACGGUGCUGGAUAUAUUGCACAAUGAGAACACCAGCCGAGGCAACAGCAAGCACAACACUAUUAAAAAGCCUCAAGCCCAGGGCAGAAGACCUAUCUGCAUUUGAGACUGCCAAGCAGGUUACGGCAAGCGUGGCAUCAGCGUCUCUCUUCCAAACAACACCCUCAUCAAAGCCUUGCAGGCUGCAAAGAGAAGAAAUGCCAGCAUGGGAGUAAGAGAGCCUGGCAGAGGGGGGCGGCAGGGAGAAGAUGCGCAGGAGGUUCUUGCUCUGAAAAACAAACUUCAAGGGAAAUGGCUGGGGGGGACUGGGGAAGGCCCUUACACCAUGUGACAGUGUAUGAAUGCAGAGGUUUCGGUGCCUGACUUGCGGCCUGCUUGGGCCAGGAGCUCUCCCCACCAUGGCACGGAAGCAGGGCGCCCUCUUCAUGAGCCUCACAGAUGCCAUUCCUCUCCCUUUGCCAAGGUCUCCUGGGGCCAGCGAGGGAGUUUGGGGUUUCUUUUCUGCGUUUGUUUUGCUGUGCCAGCAGCAGCAAUGUGCCUACACUUAGUGUUCUUUUGGAGCCAGGAGCGCAAGCGAAAGGUGUUGCGUGGCCAGGCUCUGCCCAAGUGCUGUGGAGGCACAAUGCUGCAGGAAGAACGGGAAUAAAAGGGGGAUAAAUAAACAGGGAGGGAGUUUUCCCUUGGGAGCCAGUGCAGAAGCUGGGCAGACAGUGCAGAACAGAGAGCUUCUGAAUUUCUCUCUAUAUUCAUGUGCCCUGAUUGCAGCCAAGGGUGGGAAUGUGGCUGCUGGAGUGCUGUGUUGAUACAACCUGUAUUGGCUUUGUUCUUAAAAAAAAAAUAAUAAUAAAUAAAAGGGUGCCAAAAAAAAAAAAAAAAAAG